AUGCGUUUUACUACAGUUGCCUUUGCUUUGAUCGUAUUUAUUGUGGUAUUUUCGAUAUUUGUGGCAAACCUUGCGAAUUUAAUCGGAAUCGACAAGCAAUUAAGUAACCGGCUCGAUGCCGCUUCCAACGAUGGACAGCAGCGACACCCGACACAGCUAAAGUUGGACGAUCAGCACAAUCAUUUGAUGUGGUUCCUUCAGGUUUCCGAUAUACAUAUAAGUAUGUAUCUGGACCCGGCCCGUGUGCCACAGCUGAUCGAGUUCUGCAAUCGUACCAUCGACAUUAUUGCACCAACAGUUGUGCUGGCAUCCGGUGAUCUUACCGAUGCCAAAACGUCCAACUUUCUUGGUUCCCAGCAGCACGAACAGGAAUGGCGCUGGUAUCACGAGGUGUUGCGGGACACUAAUGUGUUGAACCGGACGAUAUGGUUGGAUAUAAGGGGCAAUCAUGAUAAUUUUAAUGUCCCCGCCAGGGGACAGGGGAUAAUUUUAAUGACACGCCAGGAUCUGUUUACAAACUAUUCGGCACAGGGCAAAUAUCAUACCCGGUCCUACAUGCAGCAGGUGGUGGCGGGAGGCGAACGGUACACAUUCAUUGCGGUCGACGCGUGUUUGGAUCCGGGACCAAAGCGACCCUUCAAUUUCGUCGGCAUGUUGUCCCGUAACGAGACGCAGCAUUUGAUAAACCUUGCCGAACGGUCUCGUGAGCUGGAAACCAAUUACACCAUUUGGUUUGGACACUAUCCUACGUCGUGCAUUCUUACGCCGGGUUUGGGGACGGGUGGAAUUCGCAAUCUUAUCGGCCGCUACCGGGAAGCUUAUGCGUAUCUUUCCGGCCAUUUUCACACACUCGGCGGAGCGGUACCACGGAUGUACACGCUACAGAAGGAAGGAUUUCUCGAGCUGGAGCUUGGCGAUUGGAUGCGCAACCGGCGCUAUCGUUUGGCAGCGUUCGAUCAUGGGCUGUUCUCGUUCGUCGACGUUCACCACAACCAGUGGCCGGUGGUGCUGGUAACAAAUCCGAAGGAUGCUUUAUUCAACAUUCCCGGCAAGGAGGAUCUGCAGUCGAUCAAGGAAUCUACUCACAUACGGAUGCUUAUAUUUUCGCCUGCAAAAAUUGUAGAAUGUCAGGCUAAAAUCAAUGGGGCUGGUUGGCAAGAUUGUAAACGGGCCAGUCAUCAACUGUUCGUGGUGCCCUGGGAACCGAGUCGCUACAAGCGAGGACUUCACAAGCUUUUGAUCUACGUGCUGGACGCGGAUGGAAGGAGCCGCAUGGUUGAGCAACAGUUCACGUUGGACGGUUCACGGUUACAGUUUGAUUUCCUAGCAAAGCUGGUCCUGAUGUACGACACGAACAAAGUUUUCCAAACGUUCUUCAGCGUAGCGCUGAUCAUUUAUCUGGUACCGUUGUGUGUGUUUCGAAUAUGGCAUACACUCGUGCGAAGAGGUACGCUAACCAGACCCCGCCUGCGGACAUUAUGCUGCGGAGGCUGGAUACGAAAGAUGUGGAUUCUAUCGACCGUAGAUCGUUUGAUGUUUCCGAUUGUGGGAUACUGUCUGUACCUAACCUGUGGACCAUGGUCCAUCGGGGAGGUGAUUGAUGGCCAUAUGGGUGUAGUAUUUGUGUGGGGUAUUUUUGUGAACAAUGCCUUCCUGCCGGGAACACUCACUUAUUUGUACGGGUUCUUUCAACUGAUGCUCUGCCAGCUGCCGCUGACAAUCAUAUUUGCGAACAACGUUGUACGACGCUUUUACCGUCGUUCCGGGGAAAAGAACUACGGUUGGAUGAUGGCGUUGUGGAAAAAUUCUGCAUUUAUUCUUAUUAUGACCGUGGAGGUGUUAUUGGCAGCAAUAUUUUGGAACUCUUACGGAUUGCUUGCGUUCAUCAUUACACCGCUACGCGCGUGGUCGAUAGUGUUGAAUCUGAUCCUCUGGUACCAAUCGCGCUACAUUCCGGAAAAAUGUUUACGUUCCGCAUCAGCUGUUUGGUCGUCUACGGAACCCAAACUUUCGUCUUUAGCUCAUUAA